AGUGGCUCACAGUAUAGGCCCUGAGUUCAAACCCCCCAGUACCACCAAAAAAAAAGCUUAAAACUUUAAAAAGAAAAAAUAACUGAUUGGUUUAUAUCAGGUUGCCUUUGUUCACUAUUUUUUUUAAGGAUUAAAGCAGGGAACUUCAUUAUGCUGAUUGAAACUAGCCUAUUUGGUAAUUUGGCUGUUAUCUCUUUUGGUUUCCUAGAAGGUCAGAUAACAAGUCAGUUUCAGUUUGGUGAUAUAGGACUUUAGUGUGUCUCUUGGGGCCUAGUGGAAGCGCCUGAACCAAAAAAAUGGACUCUUAUAAAAUUUAUUUGACAGAAUUUAAGGAACUCUCUAUAUUGCUUUAAAAAUUGGAUCUAAGGGUAAAAUAAGGUAACAGAAUUUUACUUGUGAUUUCCUUAAAAUCACAGUCUUUAAUGAUGGCCUUAUCAAUGAUAAGAGAAGAGACACAGUCAUUUAAGAUCAAUUCCAUGUCUCCAUAAGCAUUCUAAGUCCUCUGUCCAGAGGCAUGACCACAUCUAUGGGUGGGCAUCCCAGCCCCAGGCUGGCUCUUCCUUCACUAAGAAGAGCAGUGUCAAAGUUUUGAAAUAAAUUGUAUUGGCAAAAUGGCCUUGUAUAGAAAAGACGAAACACUAGGGAUGAAAAAAACCAAUGAGUGGUUGCCAGGGCAGGAGUGACUGCAUAGGAGCCAAGGGGGCACAUUUUAGGCUGAAGGGAAUGUUCUAUAUUUUCAUAUCUGUGCUGACCAUACAACUGUAUAUGUGCGAUAAAACUUGUCAGACUUAAAAGGAGUGAAUUUAUUAUAUGUGAAUUAUUAUGUUUCAAUUUGAAGCAGUGGUCUAAAUAAGCCUUCAGUGAGAAGCCAUUUGAACCAAUGUUCUUCCCUUGCUGCUUAAACAGAUAAUUCACAAGCUGGCAGCACAAGCUCUGAUCAGAGACUACGAAAAUGGCAUUCUCCACGACGAUGCAGUCAGCCAUGAGAUGAAGAAACAAGCCAUGAAAUCUCUGAUUAUUAAACUCAGUAAAGAAAACUCUCUUAUAACACAAUUUACAAGCUUUAUAGCAGUUGAGCAAAGGGAUGGAAACAAGUCACCUUUUCCUGAUGAUCCAAAUAUCUCGGAACUUAUUGCCAAAGAAGAUGUAGACUUUCUGCCGUAUAUAAGUUGGCAGGAGACCAAAACAACAGAGGCCGACACAACACAGCAUCUGUCAGUGUCCUCCGAGUGGAGUGCAGAACUGCAGCAUAAACGUUGGGCGAAGAAAAAACUGAAGUUAUGUGAGCUGGAAGUGUCAGAAGAUUGUGAAGAUGAAAUGAAGGUCUGUGACCUGGAAGGGUUGGACGAUUUUGAAGAUGAAAUGAAGUUACGUGAGCUGGAAGUAUCCGAAGAUUGUGUAGCUGAAAGCUUAGGUUCAAGACCAGAAGAAGAGCUGUUCCCAUUGAGUUUCCAAUGCAGUGAUGUGGAAACGCCCUUGAACUUAAGCUGGACAGAUUCAUUGAAACAAGUGGUACCUAAAAGAUGGUUAGGGAGAGUCAGGUCACAAAAUGUCCAUCUUUCUCUCUCUCCUUUUGGGUGUACAGCCCCGGGGUCCCCCAUUUCCCUGUCUGCUCCCUGCCCUCCUCCUCUCCCUUCCCUUGCUGCUUCCCCCACUCAUCGCCCUCCUCCCCUGGCUGCUGGCCUCCCUCCUCCAUCCCCUUUCCUGGCUACUCCCCCAACUCAUCCCGUCCUUCCUCUUCCUCCGCCCUCCUUACCUGGUGGCUCCUUCCUUCCUCCCCUCCCUUUACCUGGAAGUCUUCUUCCUUCCCCACCUCCGCUCCCCUUACUUGGUGGCUCCUUCUCUCCUCCCCUCCCUUUACCUGGCAGUCCUCUCCUUCCUCCCCCACCUCCCUUGGGUGCUGGCCUCCCUCCUCCAUCCCCUUUCCUGGCUGCUCCCCCCACUCAUCCCAUCCCUCCCCCGCCCCCCUUACCUGGUGGCUCCUUCUCUCCUCCCCUCCCUUUACCUGGCAGUCCUCUCCUUCCUCCCCCACCUCCUCGGGCUGCUGGCCUCCCUCCUCCCCCAACUUUCCUGCUUGCUGGACGCCCUCCUACCCCCACUUCCUCCCCUUCUUCCCCUGCACCUCCUCAGCACUCCCUUUUUAGUUCUCUUGCUCCUGCCACGCAGUUGGGCCAACCCAAGUGUGGUCAAGGCCUUAGACCUGACCGUGGCACCAGCAUUUCACUUGAGUCUCCUCCCAGACUGCCUUUCCUGGCCCUACCCGUUGGGUCUGCACAGGCUCCUAUUCUUUCAGAUGGCUUGUUUAGCUCACAGCAGUUUGAUCUGGGUAAAACUUAUCAAGGCCCUAGGAUCACCCUCUUUCCUGGCUUGGGGCCUAAGCUGGGUUCUCCUCGUCAGCCAGCUUCUUUCUGUCCUCCCAGACUUCCUCCUCCUUCUGGCCUCACCACAGGUUUUGGUACUCAGAGUUCCUGCAAUGCCUCUUCUUUUAAUGAUCAAAAUGUUACCAGUUCCAUGCUGACAAGGGAUCUGCCUGAGCAGUUGUCUUCCCUAUCAAGCAGGUCACCCAGACCUGCACUUUUUGGGUCUGCCCAAAAUCUUUCUGUCAUCCCAGGUCAUAAAGCUUAUUUUAAAACAGAAAGUGACACAACGCCAGCAGUACAUCUGCGACAUAGGUUUUUAAAAGCAGUAGCAAAGUCUGGUGUGACAAGGGACUUUUCCUCGGAUUUCCAUUCACAAAAAGAUGAGGGUGGCACGAUCUGCCAACGGAACUGGCAGGAUAUUGUGCCAUGGACUGCACUCUUCAGUCUGCAAACUGAGGAUGGUUUCUGGAAACUCACACCAGAACUAGGACUCACGUUAAAGCUUAAUACAAAUGUUUUAUACAACUUUCUUGAAGAAAAAGGCAUUCAAUCUCUAGGUACAAAAGGAAGAGAAUGUCUCCUGGACCUGAUUGCUACAUUGCUAGUGCUACAAUUUAUCCGCACCCGGUUGGAACGACAGGGGGUAGUCUUCAAGUCACUGAUGAAGAUGGAGGACUCUUCCAUUUCCAGAACUAUUCCCUGGGCUUUUGAGAAAAUAAAGAAAGCAAGUGAGUGGGUCAGAAGAACAGAAGGACAGUAUCCAUCCAUCUGCCAACGGCUUGAGCUGGGGAAAGACUGGGACUCUGCCACGAAGCAGCUCCUGGGAAUCCAUCCUCUCUCCACUGCCUCACCUCUGGGCCGGGUCCUGUGUUACAGCCAAGGCUGAACCCAAUGAAACUGUAGUUUACACUUUUCUCACACUUGUAUGUCAAAAAUAGUCAAACAGCAAUAGAUACCUUUUACUAGUAAAAAGUGUACAUUUGAUUAGUAUCUAAAGUUAGUACCUAAAAAUAGCACCAGAUAUAUGUCUUAAAUAAGAUGCAGAAAUCUUCUGAGAUUAAUGUUAAUUAGUUCUUCACUUGUUUUGGCAUCUGCUAGAACUUGUUAGUGAACAAAAGACAAUAUACAGGAAAGUUUUAAAACAAAUUCUGCUAUUUAAUUAUGGUUUUAUUCAGUGUAGCAACUUUAAAAUGGAAGCACAACUGAUUUUAA